AUGGCUCCCUGGCGUCCCGGUGGCUCAGGCUCUGCAAGGUGAUCUCAUUGCAUUGGGGUGAUCCCUGCGGAGCCAGGAUCCAGUGAUCCAGUAAAGUUGUUCCCUAUGAUAAUAGAGGCGUGAGGAAAAACCCAACUGACCAAAGGACCAAUCAGAUGGAUGGUGGGUGAAGCUCAAUCCCCAUAGAGGAUAACUUCCCUUGCCUGGUCAAAGUUGGGCUAACAAACCUUCCCUAACAUCGGCACCAAAUGCUCCAUGAGAAUAACAAUCUAACCCAGAAUGUCAAUCAAUUGCAUCAUAUGUAAACUAAUAAUUGGGAAGCUUUGGUGCCAACAUGGUAGUCGUUGAAUUUCCAUGUCUCAAAGUGAGAGGCUACCGAGUUCGGCAAUAUCUGUCUGACUCUGUUCCACAGCACUGCUCCCGUCCCCUGCCUGGCCAACCCUCUGAUCAGUGUCUGUCUGAGCCUUGGGUGACUGCCAGCCUUAUAGAAGCUGGUUAUUAAGCAUGAGAUCAGCUGACAAGAGUGAUAUUACUGUGUGAUGAGACAGAGAAUUGCAGCCCAGGGUUUUAUCAGGGAGCUUGCCAAACAUGGUCCGCAAGCCCGGGGGGGGGGGGGGGAGGGGGGGGGGGGAGAGAAGUCUGUGGAUCUGCUUUGAUGGUGAUAGUUCUUAUUAGCAGGAGGGUUAAUGUGAAGAAAAGUCUUGACAUGGAAAGUAAUAACGCAGGCUAGCAACCAAUAGUUGUCAUUGUAAGCUAAUUGUUUUCGUAUACUUGGGAUUCUUGCGGUUAAAAUGGUAGGCCUAAACUAAUUUACACCAAAACUCAUGAGAUUUAGAGAUCCUGGCACAUAGAAUCAGAGCAAAGAUUCAAAGGCCAUUAACUGAAAUCUGAUCCUGUGUCUGCUUACCUCCAUCACUGAAGAGGUCAGACUAGAGUUAAUUUGGAUACAAUGUGCACAUUGACCUGGUAUUUGCCAUGUCUUAAAUCAUCCAUCAAUUCUCUAGUUGAUAUUUGUGGUAGAUUUAUUUUUUGCUUAUAGCAUUCAAUGCGCACAGUGACCUGGUAUUUGCCAUGUCUUAAAUUAUCUAGUUGAUAUUUGUGAUAGAUUCAAUUUACUUAUAGCAUACAGUCCCCUGUAGCUCAGUUGGUAGAGCAUGGCGCUUGCAAUGCCAGGGUUGUGGGUUCGUUUCCCACGGGGGACCAGUAUGAAAAUGUAUGCACUCACUUAACUGUAAGUCGCUCUGGAUAAGAGCGUCUGCUAAAUGACUAAAAUGUAAAAUGUUUAAAGAGGUAGGGUUUCAGACGUUUUUGGAAGAUGGUCAGGGAUAGGGGGAAGCUUGGACAGGAGAGUUUUGACUGGGUUGAGCGGGAGCUGACCCCUGUAGGGGUAGGAGGGCCAAGAGACCAGAGGUGGCAGAACGGAGUGCUCGGUUUGGGUGUAGGAUUUGAGCAUAGCCUGAAGGUAUGGAGGGGCAGUUCCCCUUGCUGCUCCAUAGACAAGCACCAGGGUCUUGAAGUGGAUGCAAGCUUCGACUGGAAGCCAGUGGAGUGUACAGAGGAGCAGGGUGACAUGGGAUAACUUGGGAAGGAUGAACACAGUGGCAUCGGUUUAGCUAAACCUCGGGUAUGGCAAAGUGGGGUAUACACCAAGCCGUGACUUGGUGUAUAGAGAAAAGAGGAGCGAGGGCCUAGAAACGAGCCCUGGGGGACACCAAUAGUGAGAGCAUGUGUUGCGGACAUACAUCCUCUCCACAUCACCUAGUUCAAGCGACCUACCAGGUAGGAUGCAAUCCAGGAGUGUACAGAGCCUGAGACACCCAGUCCUGAAAUGCUGGCGAGGAUCUGAUGGUUCAUGAUAUUGAUGGCAGCGGAUAGAUCAAGGAGGAUGAGAAUAGAGGAGAGCGAGUCAGCUUUGGCAGAGCGGAGAGCCUCCAUGACACAGAGGAGAGUGGUCUCGGUUGAGUGAGCCAUCUUAAAGCUUGACUGGUUAGGGUCAAGAAGGUCGUUCUGAGAGAGAAAACGAGAGUUGGUCAUAGACCGCACGCUGAAGUGUUUUGGAAAGCAAAGAAAGAAGGGAUACUGGUCUGUAGUCAGAGGGGUCAAGUGUUGGUUUCUUGAGGAGGGAAGUGACUCUGGCCAUCUUGAAGCCUUGAGCCAAUGGUCAGAGAUGAGGGAAGUGAAGAAUGGGAGAAGGUCUCCAGAGAUGGUCUAGAGGAGGGGAUGGGGUCGAGUGGGAAGGUUGUUGGGCGGCUGGACAUCACUGGUCACAGGAUUUCAUCUGGAGAGAGAGGGUAGAAAGAGGUCAAAAGGCAUAGGGUAGUUCUGUGUAAUUGGGACCAGUGGACUCAGUAGGCUGAGUGGAUGUUGUCAACCUUUCUUUCAAAGUGGUUGACAAAGUCAUUUGCAGAGAGGGAGGGGGAGGUGGUGGAUGAUUAAGAAGGGAGAAGGUAGAAAAGAUUUUCCCAGGGUUAGAGGCAGAAACUUUCUAUCAGUGGAAGGAUGAUUGGUCCUCUGGAAAUUUAGUUUUCCUCCAUUUUUGCUCAGCUGCCCGCAGUCACUCCGCCAUGGAGCAGGAGGGGAGGGCCGAGCAGGAGGAGAGGGCUGAGCCAGCCGGGAGGAAAGGGUACAGUGAGAGUCAUAGGAUGCGGAAAGGGAGGAGACUAAGGUCAAAGAGGCAGGAUCAGGAGACCGGAAGGAAAAGGAUUUAGCAGAAGGGAGAGAUGAUAGGAUAGACGAGGAGAGAGUGGUGGAAGAGAGAGGGCGAAGAAUGCAACGGUACAUAACCAUCUGGGGAGUUUAGGUGGACUAGGUAGGUAGGGUUGGAGGAGAGAAGGAGAGAUUUAUUUUAUUUUUAUGGGGUGAUCAGAGACAUGGAGGGGGGUUGCAAUGAGAUUAGUAGGCUAACAGCCUCUAGUAAAUUAGGUCAAGCACAUUGCCUGCCUUGUGAGUGGGAGGGGACUGGGAAAGGCUGAGGUCAAAAGAGUAAAGGAGUGAAAAUAAAUUAAUUGAAGUCAGGCGUCUGGAGGUUGAAGUCACCCAGUACAAUGAGUGGCGAGCCAUCGUCAGGAAAUUAGUUUAUCAAGGUGUCAAGCUCAUUGAAGAACUCUCCAAGGGCACCAGAGUUGUAUACUAGAAUCAAUGAGUUAGCCAGAUAACUUGUGGUUGUUGAGUCAAUUGGACCAUGCCCAUUUCAAGCUUAUCUUUCUCAAAAAAUAAGUUUAAAAAAAUAUAAUUUAUUGAUCCUGCUUUGUAGUAUACCCCUCUGGUGGGAGAUAGAUGACGACAAUGUUAAGCUUGAGUGGACAAGUGACAGUGGCAGCAUGGAAUUCAAAUGAGGAGAUGGACAGGUGAGUGGGAAAAUAAAACAUCUCAACUUAGGAGAAAUGAGUAUACCUGUCCCACCAUCGCCACAACCAGAUGCUCUAGGACUAUGAGAGAACACAUAGGCAGAAGACGAAAUAGCGGUAUUCUCUGGGGUAAUCCAUGUCUCCGUCAGGGUCACAAAGUGUAGGGACUGAAGGACAACAUAGGCUGAGACUCAGCACUGAUUGUUGAUUGCCUAGCAUAGGUGAAGAUACCCUCCAACAGACACACCCACCAAUUAUCACAAAGCUACUACUCAAAUUGACCUGAAACCAGUUCAAGUCAAUGUUUCAACACUUCACAGCCAUAAGUACUGAGCAUUCAGCAGUUCAAACAGCAAUGAUUUGGUAGGCUACUUGGUAGAGGGACAGCACUUAACUAAUUGCCCUAGCCAGACUAUACCACCAACAAGUUAUUGAAAGAAAAAAAGGUACUUAGGCUACUCUUGCAGAGAUUAGUUGUCUUCCAAGGCUGUAGAGGAGGCACAGCCUCUCCACUUUGUCUGAUUUGCAUUGUACAGUAACUGGACUUUAACUCCCGCUCUGUGUAUGAUCUUUCCACUGCUGUCAUUCAGAUUAGGUUGGGUUAACAUUUUCCAUGCCACAGUUGCCAAACCAUACUCGAACACCAGUGGCAUUGUUGCUUUGAAAUAUUUACCUCGUAUCUAGGAUACAUAGCAUGGUCACACUGGCAGGAGCAGGGAUUGGGAGGGGACUUUUGCAAAGGUUCAGAGCUUUUUAGUCAACGGUCUUGUGCCAACCACAACCACUGGCAAAUGAGGGUAGCUGCUAAAGUUGACGCCAACAUCUGUAGCAUUAUGGCAGCCAGUCAACUUUGGGAGCUAUGCCCCAUUAUGGGAGGAAUAGGAGGUUGUUCUCCCUCCACGAAAGCACAAAUAAAAAUGUCUUAUUCAUCAGAAAAUGAACAGUAGGUCUUGAUUAGAAUAUGAUAUUUGUCCACAAGCAUGAAUUGUCAAUUUGUUUAGUGAACCGUGUUCAUUCAAUAUUUUCAACUGAGAAGAAAAUAAUUAUUCCGAAAAAUCUUGAUUUGUGAGCCUUGGUCAACUUGUCUUUUCAUUAGUCUUCACAAUACUCUAAUUUGCUGGGCCUCGUUAAGGAAUAUAACAUUAUUGGCCACAAUAUGUCUUCAUAUGCUUAGCUUCAUGUCCACUCCUUGCCCCAGGGAGCAGCCGAUCUUCAGCGCCAGGGCCCAUGUGUUCCAGAUCGACCCGAACACCAAGAGGAAUUGGAUCCCCGCCAGCAAGCAUGCCGUCACCGUCUCCUUCUUCUACGACGCCAACAGGAACGUGUACCGCAUCAUCAGCGUGGGCGGUACCAAGGUGAGCCAGGCAGCUGUGCUGUCCUGUACAGUGCCUCUCUGGAACAUGAAUGCAGGCCACAGUUAGAGUAUGUGAACGUGUGUUCUUGUUGAAAGCUGUGAUUUAGGGAAACAUCCUUCUCGAGGGAUUUUUGUAGGACUUUGUGGGAUGGUUAAAAAUAUGGUCUCCAUAGGUGCGUUCAGUUCACAAUCAUUUGCUUCUAGCCAAUAUAGCAAUUUACAGUUUGGCAAAGAGAGUAGCUAAAGAUGGGUGUGGUAUGUGUGGCAGAUCAGCAUUGGCCUGUUUUUUUUGCUGUACUCUUAUUUAUCCUUCCAUCUCCAAAGACCUUGGUUGUUCACAAUGCUGAACAUAAAAGCAGUGGUUGUAGGUUUUUAUUAAUUUAAAACCAAUUUAGCCAUUGUUGAGUCAAUAAGAACGGGAAUGUGAACAGAAACUCAAUGUCACCAAACAGCGCUCACAAGAUCAAUGCACCUAUUCCUCACAAGCUUUGGAUUUAGAUUCCUUAUGCCGCUCUGUAAUCUAUCUGAUCUCCUCUUAACACCUCUGGUCUGACCCACAUUCCCCAUUCCCAGCAGAUCCUGUGGUCAGCAACCUAAUUCCACCCAUCUUGUGACUGGCAACGUGGUAAUCUUUUGUACCAUGUCAUGUGAAACAUGUUGCCCCUGACUCUUGUAAUUGUUUGUUUUAAAAGCUCCUCUUCUUUAAGCUUCCCUUGCCCUUGGAUUCUGGGGUUUUUAGUCAGUUAUAUUAUAGUAAUUCUGUAGCUGAUGCAGAAGUUUAUAAAUAGGUCUGCUUAAUGUGUUUUCUCAUGUGACGUGAAACCAAAUGAGGGGCUGUAGCCUCUUCCCUGCACUGCCUGAUGCAAUGUUUGUUAAUCUGUUGAAAGGGUAGGCCAGUCAAAUAAAUGCCAUUUGUUUGUUACAUCCUGAAUGCAAACCAUUGAUUGCCAUGCACCCACGGUCCAAUCUGAAAAAUGGACGUUAUCAGAAUAAACUCAAAAUAUCUUUCCAAAGGAGCUAACAGUUUACAGAAAUAAGAUGUGUGUAUAUAGGGCUGUUUCGGUGACCGUAUUACCGCCACACUGGUGGUCACGAGUCAUGAAGGCAGUCAAAUUCGACGUGACCGUUUAGUCUCAGUAAUUAGGCUUCUCCAAGCUCUGAUGCUGCUUCUGGUCAUUAGAAGCCUACAAAACUUGCUAAAUGCCUGGUACUCAGCACUCUAUUGUCCCUCUAAUCACUCUGACAUCAAUGCAAAUGUAUUCAAAAAUCUAAUCAAACACUUAAUGAGAGCCCAUGAGCUCCUGUUGCGCAACAUUUCUAAAGGCUAUAUAAUUGCGUGAGAAAACAGAGUGAUGGCAGCUAAUAAAAAGAGGAGGAUCCUAUCAGCUUUCUAUAGGCUUACUAUAUUUAUUUCUCUACUUUCCUAAUAUUAAGCACAUUGAUUUGAUUUACAACAGGAGUAUAGCCUACCUGGCUGGCAUGAAAAUAAACCACGGGGAAAAGCGUCCAUUCACUAUUUAAGUGCGUAGAUGACAUCAAUUUUUUCCCGCUGCCCCUGUUUCGAUACUGGUGCAUGAUAAAGGUCCAUUCUAAAUCAAAACAAAUAUCACACAUAUAUUAUUUAGUAUAUGUAAAGACAAGAUUAAAUCAAUAAUAGUCUGAUGGGUCACAAUAUUAGCCUAUCACUUGUGAAUUAUAUAUUGUCACUUGUGAAUGAUGCCCAGCAUAAGAAACAAUGCCUUUUUUUUGCGACUUGUUCUAAUUAUAGUCUCACACCUCAUGUAGCCUAGCCCAUAGGCCUAUAUGUUUUAAUAAGGUUUGUAUCACAACUAAUGUGGCCAAAUAACUUCUUAAAAUUAAGCACAUUAAUCCACUUUACAAGGGGUGUAGAGCCUAACUGGCAUAUAUGAGCAGCGCUUGAGUUUCAAGUUUGGGGAAGAUUAUUUUCACCAUAAAAAUGCACCUUUAUAAUAAAAGCUUACAUGCAUAAUUGCAUUUGCGGUCACUUUUGAUAAUGGUGUUUUCUGCUAAUGGAAUAUUCGCGCUUAUAGCCUACUACCAUGUGCGCAUUGCUGCACUUAUAAUGUGAAGACAUACCCUAAUAGUUUAUCAACAUUUUAAGCUAAACGUUCUGAUCUUUUGCAUCAACCACAUUGCAUCCCAAAGUUUUUUUUAUGCUAGUGGUUGUAUUAAUUUAGGAUCUAUCGCAUCCCACAACUGUCCCAGACUAUGUUUGGAAUAUUUAUUUCUCACACAGAAUAGAAUAGGUCGACUUUUGUACUAUGGGGGAUAGUAGAUUAACAUAGGCUAGUGAUUCAAAAUGCACCUUGGAAUUGGAUAAGGACGCAUGCAGUUGCGUCCCGGAUGUGUCUGUCUUCACUUGUAGCCUGUGAGAAAGACCUGAUCACGUGAUGGAGAGUGGUGUGAGUGAGAGACGCUUCGGAUUGCGCAGCACACUCAGGGAGAAGGGUACAAUGCAGCACUCCGGGACGCAAAAUGCAUGGAUUAUUUUAGGGUGCCUUACGGCCACAAAGGAGAUGCCACGGUGAAAUUUGAGGCAUUAUCAAUUGCUUGUCAAAUUGUGAAUGAGAGACUAUUGGUGUGUACAGCCUGUGAAAAAAAAAAAACAAAUCAGAGCUCAUGCCUUUCAAGCGACUUUUUUAGUCUCAUCAUGCAGCCUUACAAUGUAUAAAAAAUCUAAACAUAUAGCCCAACGUUUGUAGAACAACUACAGUUACAUGAAUAACUCUAAAUUAAGCAUAUACAGUGGGGGGGAAAAGUAUUUAGUCAGCCACCAAUUGUGCAUGUUCUCCCACUUAAAAAGAUGAGAGGCCUGUAAUUUUCAUCAUAGGUACACGUCAACUAUGACAGACAAAAUGAGAAAGAAAAUCCAGAAAAUCACAUUGUAGGAUUUUUAAUGAAUUUAUUUGCAAAUUAUGGUGGAAAAUAAGUAUUUGGUCAAUAACAAAAGUUUUCUCAAUACUUUGUUAUAUACCCUUUGUUGGCAAUGACACAGGUCAAACGUUUUCUGUAAGUCUUCACAAGGUUUUCACACACUGUUGCUGGUAUUUUGGCCCAUUCCUCCAUGCAGAUCUCCUCUAGAACAGUGAUGUUUUGGGGCUGUCGCUGGGCAACAUGGACUUUCAACUCCCUCCAAAGAUUUUCUAUGGGGUUGAAAUCUGAAGAUUGGCUAGGCCACUCCAGGACCUUGAAAUGCUUCUUACGAAGCCACUCCUUCGUUGCCCGGGCGGUGUGUUUUGGGAUCAUUGUCAUGCUGAAAGACCCAGCCACGUUUCAUCUUCAAUGCCCUUGCUGAUGGAAGGAGGUUUUCACUCAAAAUCUCACGAUACAUGGCCCCAUUCAUUCUUUCCUUUACACGGAUCAGUCGUCCUGGUCCCUUUGCAGAAAAACAGCCCCAAAGCAUGAUGUUUCCACCCCCAUGCUUCACAGUAGGUAUGGUGUUCUUUGGAUGCAACUCAGCAUUCUUUGUCCUCCAAACACGACGAGUUGAGUUAUUACCAAAAAGUUCUAUUUUGGUUUCAUCUGACCAUAUGACAUUCUCCCAAUCCUCUUCUGGAUCAUCCAAAUGCACUCUAGCAAACUUCAGACGGGCCAGGACAUGUACUGGCUUAAGCAGGGGGACACGUCUGGCACUGCAGGAUUUGAGUCCCUGGCGGCGUAGUGUAUUACUGAUGGUAGGCUUUGUUACUUUGGUCCCAGCUCUCUGCAGGUCAUUCGCUAGGUCCCCCCGUGUGGUUCUGGGAUUUUUGCUCACCGUUCUUGUGAUCAUUUUGACCCCACGGGGUGAGAUCUUGCGUGGAGCCCCAGAUCGAGGGAGAUUAUCAGUGGUCUUGUAUGUCUUCCAUUUCCUAAUAAUUGCUCCCACAGUUGAUUUCUUCAAACCAAGCUGCUUACCUAUUGCAGAUUCAGUCUUCCCAGCCUGGUGCAGGUCUACAAUUUUGUUUCUGGUGUCCUUUGACAGCUCUUUGGUCUUGGCCAUAGUGGAGUUUGGAGUGUGACUGUUUGAGGUUGUGGACAGGUGUCUUUUAUACUGAUAACAAGUUCAAACAGGUGCCAUUAAUACAGGUAACGAGUGGAGGACAGAGGAGCCUCUUAAAGAAGAAGUUACAGGUCUGUGAGAGCCAGAAAUCUUGCUUGUUUGUAGGUGACCAAAUACUUAUUUUCCACCAUAAUUUGCAAAUAAAUUCAUUAAAAAUACUACAAUGUGAUUUUCUGGGAAAAAAAAUCUCAAUUUGUCUGUCAUAGUUGACGUGUACCUAUGAUGAAAAUUACAGGCCUCUCUCAUCUUUUUAAGUGGGAGAACUUGCACAAUUGGUGGCUGACUAAAUACUUUUUUCCCCACUGUAUUUCUUUAACUGCUCAACACAGAAUAGCCGCAUGUGCGUACUCCCUCAAAUCGUUUGGAGAAAAUAUUUAUAUUUUAUUCAGCUUUGUUCAAUUGUAUUCUUCAUACUAUAAAAUAAUGCCACGGAAUUAUAAGCAAAUCUUGUAGGCUAAAUGAGCUAGUGUAGCCCACAACCAUUUGGCAUAGCCACAUCAGGACCAAACAUAAGGACAACUCAGAGUAUGCUAUUCUUUUCUUCUGAAAUAGACUACAUUUUCUUCAUAUCAUGUUUCUUUAGACCUGUCUAAAGUAAAUAAUGGAUUUAUUGUGAAGGUGUAGGCUAGAUUACAUGGAUUUAUUAUACUUUUUUAAAUGGUUUGUAGGCUAUGUGUGGAAGCCAGGAGAUGCUAAAUGUGUUCAUGUUAAUUAACGUUCAAUUACCGUGAGACCGACAGUUAUUUUCUUGACAAUAUCCGGCUGAUGAAAUUUCCGUGAUUGCCACAGCCCUAUGUGUAUAACCAUCUGUUUGUACAACGCAUUUGAAACCAUCUAUUUGGAUAUUCUGCAAAGGCAAACAGAUGCUCCCGUUACGAUCCCAGAUGUUUCACUUCUCUUUAUUCAAAGUCUGAGAAAACAAGUCCUCGCUUUGGCACAAACAUGAAAAAUAAUUUGUUGUACAUUAUAUAUUUUGAUGUUCAUCAGAUGAGGUGAGGAACUACUACUGCAGUAAGUAAUGUCAUCCUCCAUGUCCUCCUCCCUCUAUCCGCAGGCCAUAAUCAACUGCACCAUUACACCCAGCAUGACGUUCACCAGGACCUCGCAGAAGUUUGGCCAAUGGGCGGACAGCAGGGCCAACACGGUCUACGGCCUGGGCUUCGCUACAGAGCAGCAGCUGCAUCAGGUGAAGAUCUUCUAACUUCCCACCACAUAAGGGUCUGGCAUCACAAAAUAAUGAAGUUGUUGAAUUAUGGACAACUAAUUUAUCUUGUACCAUGAUCAUUUUAGGCACAUUAUCCAACGCUUACUGCAAUGUCAAACUAAAUGCAUUUCACUCUUGCCUGUCCUCAGUUUUCUGAACGGUUUAAGGAGGUGAAAGAGGCUGCCCGUCUUGCAUGUGAAAAGUCCCAGGAUAAGAUGGAGUUGGCCAACACUGCCCUCAGCAUUGCUGCUCCACAGGUGAGCUCAGACAAAAUGCCUCAGUGCCUUUUAGAAAUACAUCAGGGAUUUUAAUUUUAUAUAGCGCUCAGUUAUUCCACGACCAUUUCAAAUGCUUUUAAGAGAAAAGCCUCUGAGGAGGAACUUUUGAGAGUCUGUGGAACUCCUGCGGUACACAUCGAGGUACUGCUAUCUCCCUGGCCUUUCUGCGGGCUGCGAAAGAGAAAAGGGAAGGAGGAAGAGAUGGGUCAUUUGUCUCUGAGGAAAGUGAGAGGAAAUUAGAACUAGGGCGACGGUAAAAUUAUCCCAUGCAGCCCAGUGCUCUGCCUGGCUGGCUGUCUGCUCACUGCAGAAGCCUCUGAAAUGAUUUAAUUGCAUUGAUCAAUAGGCUAUUUUGGUUAUGGUGGUCACAUGUUAACAAAAUGUGUAAUAUACAGCAGGGGAUCUCAAAUGUUUUGGGGCCUGGGAGCCCUUUUGUGAUAGCAAAUUCAUCAGGGACUCCUUCGUAAUCAGAACACAACUCGAGUGAGAUAAAAAAAAAAUUUUAAAGGGCAUACAAGGAGUUUUACUAUGACUUCGGCAGUGCAUGGCUGGACGAAUCAAGUCUCGGGAAGGAACAUUUUAAAGGCCAGCCUCUUGGCAUCGGAGAGAACAUUUAGCAGUUUUCAAGCAAAUUUCCUGUAAUUCUAUACAUUUUGUCAUGGGGCAGAGUUUUUUUGUUGUUGUUGCAGCUUUAAAGCUAAUAUCCUGCAAUUCUACAAAUGUUUCCAUGUGUCAGUUUUAAAGCUUAAAGAUGGAAUCUGGCUGCCCCACCACCGUUGUUAUUGUUGCAGAGCUGAGGAAUGAUGUCCAAGGGGUAAAAACAGUGUUUGCAGUAACUUCUUUGUUACUUUCUUCUCACAAACCGAUGUGUCAGUUUUACCAUUAAGGAUUCCAGCUUUAAAUGACAGUGCAUUUAUGUUAUUUAUUUUUUACAAGGAAUACAAGUCAUGUUGAGAAAUGUAUAAUUGGUGGAGUAUUGUGAUUAAUAAUAUUACAUUGUGUUGUAUUUACACACUCUAAACUUAUUCCACGGAUCCCUUGGCUGAAAUUUGAUCUGUUGCUAACAAUAUUCCUUGAAAAUAUAUGUGUGUGUGUGUGUGUGUGUGUGUGUAUAUAUAUAUAUAUAUAUACACACACACACACACAGUACCAGUCAAAAGUUUGGACACACCUACUCAUUCCAGGGUUUUUCUUUAUUUUUUUUGUAGAAUAAUAGUGAAGACAUCAAAACUAUAAAAUAACACAUAUGGAAUCAUGUAGUAACCAAAAAAGUGUUAAGCAAUUCAAAAUAUAUGUUAUAUUUGAGAUUCUUCACUCUCCUUCUUGGUAAAAUAGCCCUUACACAGCCUGGAGGUGUGUUGGGUCAUUGUCCUUUUGAAAAACAAAUGAUAGUCCCACUAAGCCCAAACCAGAUUGGAUGGCGUAUCACUGCAGAAUGCUGUGGUAGCCAAGCUGGUUAAGUGUGCCUUGAAUUCUAAAUAAAUCAGUGUCACCAGCAAAGCACCCCCACACCAUAACACCACCUCCUCCAUGCUUUACGGUGGGAAAUACACAUGUGGAGAUCAUCCGUUCACCCGCACCGCGUCUCACAAAGCCACAGCGGUUGGAACCAAAAAUCUCCAAUUUGGACACAUUUCCACAGGUCUAAAGUCCAUUGCUCGUGUUUCUUGGCCCAAGCAAGUCUCCUCUUAUUAUUGUUGUCCUUUAGUAGUGGUUUCUUCGCAGCAAUUCGACCAUGAAGGCCUGAUUCACACAGUCCCCUCUGAACAGUUGAUGUUGAGAUGUGUCUGUUACUUGAACUCUGUGAAGCAUUUAUUUGGGCUGCAAUUUCUGAGGCUGGUAACUGUAAUGAACUUAUCCUUGCAGAAGAGGUAACUCUGGGUCUUCCAUUCCUGUGGGGUCCUCAUGAGAGCCAGUUUCAUCAUAGCGCUUGAUGGUUUUUGCGACUGCACUUGAAGAAACUUUAAAAGUUCUUGAAAUGUUCCGUAUUGACUGACCUUCAUGUCUUAAAGUAAUGAAUGGACUGUUUUUUCUCUUUGCUUAUUUGAGCUGUUCUUGCCAUAAUAUGGACUUUACCAAAUAGGGCUAUCUUCUGUAUACCCCCCCUACCUUGUCACAACACAACUGAUUGGCUCAAACGCAUUAAGAGUGAAUGAAAUUCCACAAAUUAACUUUUAAAAAGGCACACCUGUUAAUUGAAAUGCAUUCCAGGUGACUAUCUCAUGAAGCUGGUUGAGGGAAUGCCAAGUGUGCAAAGCUGUCAUCAAGGCAAAGGGUGGCUAUUUGAAGAAUCUCAAAUAUAACAUUUAUUUUGGUUUGUUUAACACUUCUUUGGUUACUACAUGAUUCCAUAUGUGUUAUUUCAUAGUUUUGAUGUCUUCACUAUUAUUCUACAAUGUAAAAAAAUAGUAAAAAUAAAGAAAAACCCUUGUGUGAGUAGGUGUGUCAACCUUUGACUGGUAUAUAGUGUGUGCAUGUAUGUGAUGGCAGAUUGAAACAAGGGUUCCUAACACACGCCAACCCAUGUUUCCUCAUGUUCCUUUGAUUCUAGCUGGCUUGUGUUAGCUUGCUGUCUGUGAGUAGUAUGCAGUGUGUAUCUAUGCAGUAUUUUUGUCAUCUUUUGAGAUCUGGCUGCGGACCCCCUGCAGUACCUUCAUGGACCCCCAGGGAACCCCUGAUAUACAGUAUGAGAUGCUCUGAUAUAAAGGAUGUUAAAUUGGUGUGUUCUUUAUUCUCUUGCUUUCGGAUGACUUUUCUCCAGUUCUCACAGGUAGGUCUCGUGUGUUUGAUUUUCAACCUUCACCAUUCACGUCUAAGAAUGGCCAAUUGUGGUACCAUUCUGCUAUGACCGAAGAAUAGUCAAUCAAACAGAAAAUCUAGUGUCUUUGUCUUCGUGAGGUUGAGUUACUCAGAGUUUGAUGAACAUUACAGUUGCUCCUUAAACUGUUCUUGCUGCUGAAAUUGAUGUCCUUUUAACCCAGCUAACAAUUCUUGGGAGAGAACGUUUUUGUAAUGUUCCUGUAAUGUUAGAAUUUUUUUUGUUGCAGAAAACCUCCUGAGAACCUAUUUAGCAUGUUUUAGAGUUAGGAGAGAAUUCCCUUGAUGUCAAACAGAACAUGGUUACCAUGUUCUCAGUAUAUACAAUAUUAAUGUUCUAGACACGUCUCAUGGGGCGUUGCAAAAACAUUAGUGUCCAGUUUUCUGAGGGUUAGGAGAGUAUUCCAUCAACAUUACAUUUUACAUUUUAGUCAUUUAGCAGACGCUCUUAUCCAGAGCGACUUACAGUUAAGUGAGUGCAUAUAUUUUCAUACUGGCCCCCUGUGGGAAUCGAACCCACAACCCUGGCGUUGCAAACGCCAUGCUCUACCAACUGAGCUACAUCCCUGUCGGCCAUUCCCUCAUUUGAAAGUUGAAAGAAUAAACAAAAACAUACAGACUAAAUACUGUUCCCUGAUUGAGGGAAUGGAGGUACAACACAGCUAUGGGGAGUUUGUGCGCUAGCGCCCCCUGAAGAACAUUAGAAUCACGCCUGACAAGCCCAAUGAACCCUGUGCCUCACCGGAAGCCCUGUCUUCCACAGGUGAUAAACCCAAGGCACGGAUUCAUUCCGUAAAUUCAGUACCACUUUUCACCAAGGCCAGAACUGGGCGGUGCGGGGUCAAACAGGUUAUAGUCAUAACUACGUUCCAUUUCAGUCGGUCAACUUGAUACAACAAAGCUAUGGGGAUAUGAAACUGCCUUCGGCAGACCACCCAGAGUUCCAACCUGACAGGAAAACCUGCGGUACCCGGGUAUUGCGCAAUCUGUGCACUGCCUAAUGACACAGGGCAUGUAACCUCCGCUGCUCCUCAGACGCAAACGGAGGAGGCGAAAAGGGAAAAAGCUAGAGACCUGUAGGACAUAGUCAUGACCUUAGGGGCGAAGGCCGCAUUAAGACGUACCAUCACCUUAGAGUCGCCAAGGGCGAACUGAGUACAGGAGGGCUGAACGGAUAACACGUGGAGAUCCACAGACCCCAUUGGUUCAAAGGGGGCCCUCAUACAGCACAACCAAAUUCCGAGUGGGUGCAAUAGGUUUAGAAACCAGCCUAAGACGGCGUACACCCCUGGAAUGGCACUAUUAAAUCCCACAUGGCACGCUGAAAUAGCUGCCAUAAACACCUUCAGGGUGGAGAAUGAACAGCCCUGCUCGGAAAGCCCCUUAAGGAACAUUAAAAUGUCCACCACAGAGCUCUGAAAAGGAACAAUUCCUUUAUUUUGGCACCAAAGCUUGAACGCCCACCACUUAUAUCUAUACAACCUUGUCGGGGAGGGUGCCCUUGUGGACGGUAUAGUAGCAAUAACGUUCAGAGGUAAACCCCUUGACAUCAGAUUGGACCUUUCAGGGGCCAAGCCCACAGAUUCCAAAUCUCCGGCCGCGGGUGCCAGACCUGUUGCCAAGGGUCCCCGCCUAAAGGCAAAUAUUUUCCACGAACCAGGGUUGUUUGGGCCAACGGGAGCCAUAAGGAUCAACGACCCACCCUCCCUAUCGUGGGCUGAAUCAGGUCCACAGGGGGAAAUACGUAAAGGAGGUUCGAGGCCACUGGUGCGCAAGAGCAUCUGUUCCCAAUGGAGCAUUCAGGUCCCUUUAUUGAGAAAAACAACCAAUAAUGUGCGUUUUCUCGCGAUGCAUAAAGAUCAAUGUUGGCCCUGCUCGGGGAGAUUAAUCACACGGAGCGAGGGAAAGUGCACUGCGCUCCACAGCAGUUGGGAGCGAGCCAAGGAUAAGAGGGCACCCCUCCCUGUCUGUUGAUGUAUGCCACGACUGUCCUGCUGUCGGUCCUCACCAGCAUAUGCCGGCCUGCCAACAAUGUGAGAAAGCGUUUGAGUGCUACAGUGGGGAAAAAAAGUAUUUAGUCAGCCACCAAUUGUGCAAGUUCUCCCACUUAAAAAGAUGAGAGAGGCCUGUAAUUUUCAUCAUAGGUACACGUCAACUAUGACAGACAAAUUGAGGAAAAAAAUCCAGAAAAUCACAUUGUAGGAUUUUUUAUGAAUUUAUUUGCAAAUGAUGGUGGAAAAUAAGUAUUUGGUCACCUACAAACAAGCACGAUUUCUGGCUCUCACAGACCUGUAACAACUUCUUUAAGAGGCUCCUCUGUCCUCCACUCGUUACCUGUAUUAAUGGCACCUGUUUAAACUUGUUAUCAGUAUAAAAGACACCUGUCCACAACCUCAAACAGUCACACUCCAAACUCCACUAUGGCCAAGACCAAAGAGCUGUCAAAGGACACCAGAAACAAAAUUGUAGACCUGCACCAGGCUGAGAAGACUGAAUCUGCAAUAGGUAAGCAGCUUGGUUUGAAGAAAUCAACUGUGGGAGCAAUUAUUAGGAAAUGGAAGACAUACAAGACCACUGAUAAUCUCCCUCGAUCUGGGGCUCCACGCAAGAUCUCACCCCGUGGGGUCAAAAUUAUCACAAUAACGGUGAGCAAAAAUCCCAGAACCACACGGGGGGACCUAGUGAAUGACCUGCAGAGAGAUGGGACCAAAGUAACAAAGCCUACCAUCAGUAACACACUACGCCGCCAGGGACUCAAAUCCUGCAGUGCAAGACGUGUCCCCCUGCUUAAGCCAGUACAUGUCCAGGCCCGUCUGAAGUUUGCUAGAGUGCAUUUGGAUGAUCCAGAAGAGGAUUGGGAGAAUGUCAUAUGGUCAGAUGAAACCAAAAUAGAACUUUUUGGUAAAAACUCAACUCGUCGUGUUUGGAGGACAAAGAAUGCUGAGUUGCAUCCAAAGAACACCAUACCUACUGUGAAGCAUGGGGGUGGAAACAUCAUGCUUUGGGGCUGUUUUUCUGCAAAGGGACCAGAACGACUGAUCCGUGUAAAGGAAAGAAGGAAUGGGGCCAUGUAUCGUGAGAUUUUGAGUGAAAACCUCCUUCCAUCAGCAAGGGCAUUGAAGAUGAAAUGUGGCUGGGUCUUUCAGCAUGACAAUGAUCCCAAACACACCGCCCGGGCAACGAAGGAGUGGCUUCGUAAGAAGCAUUUCAAGGUCCUGGAGUGGCCUAGCCAGUCUCCAGAUCUCAACCCCAUAGAAAAUCUUUGGAGGGAGUUGAAAGUCCGUGUUGCCCAGCGACAGCCCCAAAACAUCACUGCUCUAGAGGAGAUCUGCAUGGAGGAAUGGGCCAAAAUACCAGCAACAGUGUGUGAAAACUAUGUGAAGACUUACAGAAAACGUUUGACCUGUGUCAUUGCCAACAAAGGGUAUAUAUAUAACAAAGUAUUGAGAAACUUUUGUUAUUGACCAAAUACUUAUUUUCCACCAUAAUUUGCAAAUAAAUUCAUUAAAAAUCCUACAAUGUGAUUUUCCGGAUUUGUUUUCUCAUUUUGUCUGUCAUAGUUUACGUGUACCUAUGAUGAAAAUUACAGGCCUCUCUCAUCUCUCUAAGUGGGAGAACUUGCACAAUUGGUGGCUGACUAAAUACUUUUUUUCCCCACUGUAUGUACACUGUCAAAAGCUCCAGGUAAUUGAUGUGCACCGGGUUUUGCGACACUGUCCACAACCCCAGAAUUGAACUGCCCUCGCACAGCGCACCCCACCCUCGGGGAGAUGCGUCUGUCUUUAUCACCUUGCGGGAUAUAACUCGACCCACGGAGGUCCCCAGCAACAACAGGCAUGGGUCCCUACUCUGAGCCAGCGCCUGUAUGCAUGAUGGGGUGACCGGUUUCGGUGGCAAUAUGUGUCCAAGCGGGUGUCUACCACCGGAGAGGUCGCAACAGCCCGGGGGGAACCACGGUUAUCAUAGAAGCAAUCAUCCAUAAUAGUGUGACCUAGCCAAAAUUGGGCCAAGCAAAAUCGGAAUCCGGCCUCCCUCUGCGUGGACAAGAACGCACGAUUCUCGACUGAGCCUAACUCGAGACCCAGAAAUGGAAUGCGCUGAGAUGGAGUUAAACAGCUCUUCUCUUGAUUCACUAUGAAACCCGGAGACUGAACAUGGGAAACCAGCAUGGAUGUGUGUAACACAACCUGCUCCCUCGACUCUGCUACCAUCAGCCCCAUACACCACAUAGGUGCCAAACCCACAUCCACAACUUUGGUGAAAGUUUUAAGCGAGAGGGAACGCACGGAAAGGAGGACCAGAAACUUGUACGCUACAGCCUCAAAAUGGAACCUCAGGAACUUUCUGUGAUAUGUGGCCACGUGAAAUUAUGCGUCAUUCAGGUCGAUGGAGGUGAACCAAUCGCCCGGGCGCACUGACUGUAAUAACCGGCUGUUCCUGAGCAUUCUGAAUUUGUAGACCCUGAAGUGCUUGUUUAGGGCACGCAGGUCUAAAAUAGGACGCAAAUUCCCGUCCCUUCUGGGAACCAGGAAAUACCACCUGUACCAGCCGUCCUGGGCCUCUGACAUAAGAACCACUCUGACAAAAACGAGUGGGAUGCACAACUAAUUGUAGCCUGUACCCCAACGUCACUGUUCGCAUAUUCCAGGACGACGCUGCGCACGCGCGCCAUUAGUCGACAUAGACAGCAAGUCUCCUGUAAAGUGCAAUCUGAAGGGGUGGAACACCACCUUGUGGACUGGGGGAAUAUGGGUCUUUUUUCAUUUCCACCAUUCUCGACAACUGAGUGUCUGACUGUGGGUAAGGGACUCAUUUUUUAUUCUGCUCACAUGUGGAAGACCCAACACCUGUGAACACCAUGGAACUUGGGGUAGAAACAAUGUGUUUAAGGGCCGAUGUUUGCCUAAAGCAUGGUCCACUCUGGGUUCCGGUGCUUAGCCUACCAGUGACGAACCCCCGAUUGGCCAUUCCACUUGGGGGUACUGUUGUCAGAGCGAACAUCUGGGGGAGGGGGGCAAGGGGGGACCCCAGCCUGUGCCACCUCCCCUCUCAUUGCACUAGGUGCGUGGGGGCUGCACAAAUUAAAAAUAAACCCAGAAAGAAAUGUAUCAUGGAGGUUAUCAUGCCCACCAGUCAUAGCUACCGGUGACACUUUGUAGCCCAGCUGGAAAACGGACAGAAAGCUCUGAAAAACUGACCCCAUAUGUGAUAACAGACAGGGUGAUUCCUAAUUUAAUCUAAUUCCCAGGAACUAAAUGUGUUGUGCAGGAGACAGACGGCUCACCUUGGAGUUCAUAUGAACCACAGAGACUGUGUGUGGGAUAAUAGCAUGAUUGCCAAUUGCCUAACCUGUAUCACUAAGUACCACAUAGGAACCAGUGAGCUACAGGGAGGAAUCAGCAAUGAAUCCCAGUAAUAAGCCACCUUUGGGGGAGGGGUGCCCACUUGUGGACAGAGAGUGCCUGGGGAGCACGUUGUGCUUCCGUGAUACUGUAUAGCCCGCCUGAAGCCCAAACCUUUUAUGGGCACAGGAGCUCCAGCAAUGGCCGUACUGUUGUCACAGUACCGUAUGCUAGCCGACGUCAGCCAUGCGGCUUCUCAGUCUUGCUAAGCCAGUAGCCAGCUAGCUGGCAUUAUCCCCGCAUGCUAGCACUAGCCAAGCCCGCUGCCAGCACAGAGUUAGCCAAAGAAAAAUGUGUGGCACGGUCCGUUUAGAAUAACCAAGUCUAGAUAGAGAGGUAAACGGUGCCUGACCAAGGCAGACACAGGCGGCAGGGAGUGCGCACCGACCCGGCCGCCCUGUCCCUUCAAGUCGCCUACCUUAGCAGGUAAUGGAGCACACAGCAACCGGGUUUAGCUAGGGCAGCUUUCGGAUGCCUCAGUCCAGGCAGACAAGACAUUUGAUCCGACCAAAGCCCCAAUUCAUUCCCCGGGUCCCGUAACUCAGAAUUCCACGUUUGCCAAGGGAACCUGCAUGCACCAUAGACUAGGGGAACAGUGCCAGCCAUGGGCAAACCACUGUUACUGACACCGUCCCUUCGUCUCGCACACAAGCUGACCCGAGUGGGGGCAGUCGGAGCAUGCAACGCGCAGAACAAAACGUGAGUAUAGCCUUCGUCGUUUUGGUCGCGUUAGCCAGGCUAAACAAGCAGAAGAAUAACUAACAGAAUCACAAAACUAGUUACAAAGCUUUAACACACAACGUCCAGAAGGAUGAGCACGCCCUCCUUAAGUGGAACAGUUAAGUUGGAGCAAAGCCUGAUAGAUUUCGCGUUACCAUGUUUAUUUUAAAGAAUGCGUGAAAUUGUUCUGCUCAGCUCGAGGUGAAGAGAGGAAGAAUUUAAGGAAUUAAUCAGUGCCUUGGGUUUAUCACCUGUGGAAGGCGGGGCUUCCGGUGAGGCACAGGGUUCAUUGGGCUUGUCAGGCGUGAUUCUUAUGUUCUUCAGUAAAGGGUGCAAGCGCGUGCGAACUCCCCAUAGAUGUGAUGUACUGAGUUGACCGACUGAAAGAGAACCAGCACUGUACCCCCCAGGACUUUGCCUUUGGUAUUGGUUUAAGGUGUAUUAUUUAUGUUGUGUUGUGUGUUAGGACCUCAGUGAUGAGCUCCAGUCGCCGCCGGUGAUGUGUGUGAACGGUCCUGAGGACAAGAUGUUCCGCAGCCAAAGCGCAGACUUCACACUGUCUUCUGAGAAGGAGCGCAUUAAAAAGAUGCUUUCUGAAGGGUAACCCACUUAUACACACUCUUAUCCUCAAAGUUUCACUCAAGCCAGGGUUUGUUUCAUUGUCUGAAAGUACACAGAAUGUUUUGUGGAAAUGUUCUUGGUCUCAAACUUGAAUGUUUCCAUUUUAUAAGGUAAGAUAUUGGUCUGGAUCUCAAAGGUUCACACACAAAAGCAGCACUUUGGCAAAGAGGAUUUUCUUGGAAUAAGCCAUAGUCGUUGCUUUAGUUAUGAUUACCUGUUUUGAUGACAUUUUCCCCAUUUGAAUAGAGCUGUUUAUGGGACACAUGGUCCAAACAAGAGCAAGGGGAGUGGGUCAAAGCUAAUGUGCUGACUCACACAAAGAGAGAGAAGGAUAUUACCCUGCUAUUCAGUCGCCCAUUCUACUCACUCUGCUUCUGUCCCUGUUGUCCAUUAUCGCUACACAAGGCUACUUUUAUGGUUGCUAUGGUGAGUUGCUACGAUUGGAUAAUCCUUAGCUUUCUAAUGGUAAAAUUACAUGGCAUCUAAGGGCACAAGGAUCAUGAAGCAGGAACAUAUUUAAUGGACCAAUUUUACAAAUGUACCCAAGAGUUGGAAAAGUACGGACACUCUUGGUUGCCAAGCUUUAUCAUUAAGCCCUUCUCCACCAUGUAGUCCAAAUCUGUUCCAUUCCUGAGAGGUCAGAGGAUGUUUGUCUGAGGUCUCGAACGAUGUCUUACAGGUCUAUCUGCGAGAUGAACCUGGAGGCAGAGCUCUUCACCCUGCAGGACAGUAACUCCAAGCUGGUGGCGGCGCUACAUGAAGCUAACAAUAACGUAGAGCAGUGGAAGAAGCAGCUAGUUGCCUACCAGGAGGAGACGGAGAGGCUACGAGACCAGGUGAGUGUUGUCAUGAUGAAAGAUCCACCAGAUCACUUUACUUUCUUUGACAUAGAACUAUGGACGCCAUGUCAGAUGGGUGAAUCUAUUUGAAUUCAAUCACUUUUUGACAGAAUCCCUUUUGAUUCAAACAAAACGUUCCAUACGUGUUUGCCCGUGGAAGAAGUGGUCAGAAAGUUACUUUUUGGACCUGAAUUCCAAAACAUUAAGGAGAUCAAGGUGCUCAAAGUUGACCCAUUUUGCAUAACCCACCAUACCGUGAGAUAUCAUGUGUUCCUCACUGGAAAAGAUAAACGGUUGAGUUUGAUAUCAUUUAAAAGCUUAUACACAGGGUUGUCAAACUAUUUUAUAGUUUCUUGAUUUAAAAAAACAACAAUAGUAUGUCAUUUUUUUUUUUACCUUUAACAUCAAUUAUCUAAAUAUGCAUAAACAUAAAAUUUUAGCAAACAGUGAGGGAAAAAAGUAUUUGAUCCCCUGCUGAUUUUGUACGUUUGCCCACUGACAAAGAAAUGAUCAGUCUAUAACUUUAAUGGUAGGUUUUUUUGAACAGUGAGAGACAGAAUAACAACAAAACAAUCCAGAAAAACGCAUGUCAAAAAUAUUAUAAAUUGAUUUGCAUUUUAAUGAGGUAAAUGAGUAUUUGACCCCCUCUCAAUCAGAAAGAUUUCUGGCUCCCAGGUGUCUUUUAUACAGGUAACGAGCUGAGAUUAGGAGCACACUCUUAAAGGGAGUGCUCCUAAUCUCAGUUUGUUACCUGUAUAAAAGACACCUGUCCACACAAGCAAUCAAUCAAUCAGAUUCCAAACUCUCCACCAUGGCCAAGACCAAAGAGCUCUCCAAGGAUGUCAGGGACAAGAUUGUAGACUUACACAAGGCUGGAAUGGGCUACAAGACCAUCGCCAAGCAGCUUGGUGAGAAGGUGACAACACUUGGUGCGAUUAUUCGCAAAUGGAAGAAACACAAAAUAACUGUCAAUCUCCCUCGGCCUGGGGUUCCAUGCAAGAUCUCACCUCGUGGAGUUGCAAUGAUCAUGAGAACGGUGAGGAAUCAGCCCAGAACUACACGGGAGGAUCUUGUCAAUGAUCUCAAAGCAGCUGGGACCAUAGUCAACAAGAAAACAAUUGGUAACACACUAUGCUGUGAAGGACUGAGAUCCUGCAGCGCCCGCAAGGUCCCCCUGCUCAAGAAAGCACAUAUACAGGGCCUUCUGAAGUUUGCCAAUGAACAUCUGAAUGAUUCAGAGGAGAACUGGGUGAAGGUGUUGUGGUCAGAUGAGACCAAAAUCGAGCUCUUUGGCAUCAACUCAACUCUCCGUGUUUGGAGGAGGAGGAAUGCUGCUUAUGACCCCAAGAACACCAUCCCCACCAUCAAACAUGGAGAUGGAAACAUUAUGCUUUGGGGGUGUUUUUCUGCUAAGGGGGCAGGACAACUUCACCACAUCAAAGGGACGCUAGACAGGGCCAUGUACCGUAAAAUCUUGGAUGAGAACCUCCUUCCCUCAGCCAGGGCAUUAAAAAUGGGUCAUGGAUGGGUAUUCCAGCAUGACAAUGACCCAAAACACACGGCCAAGGCAACAAAGGAGUGGCUCAAGAAGAAGCACAUUAAGGUCCUGGAGUGGCCUAGCCAGUCUCCAGACCUUAAUCCCAUAGAAAAUCUGUGGAGGGAGCUGAAGGUUCGAGUUGCCAAACGUCAGCCUCGAAACCUUAAUGACUUGGAGAAGAUCUGCAAAGAGGAGUGGGACAAAAUCCCUCCUGAGAUGUGUGCAAACCUGGUGGCCAACUACAAGAAACGUCUGACCUCUGUGAUUGCCAACAAGGGUUUUGCCACCAAGUACUAAGUCAUGUUUUGCAGAGGGGUCAAAUACUUAUUUCCCACAUGCGUUUUUCUGGAUUUUUUUGUUGUUAAUCUGUCUCUCACUGUUGAAAUAAACCUACCAUUAAAAUUAUAGACUGAUCAUGUCUUUGUCAGUGGGCAAACGUACAAAAUCAGCAGGGGAUCAAAUACUUUUUUCCCUCACUGUAUGUUGUAGCUUAGACCCUAUUUUGUGGUUGUUGUGUUGUGCCCGCCAUCGGUUGAGACACAACAAGCUCUUGAAUACAGGGUGGGCUUCAUUUCAAUAAUAGAAAUAGAAUUCAUAGAAUGGACCUAUCCCUUUAGAUCACUACAAUUUAUCUGGUACACCAUUUAAAUUGACAUUUAAUUGAAAUUGUAACUUCUAAUUACUACCACUGGCCACCCACCGUCGAAUGUCAACUUAAAUGGUAAUGUAUAAUGUAUUAUCUAUAUUUCUAUGAUUUCAAUAGGUUUCCUAUGGAGGAUUGACAGUAUAAUUUAAAACAACAGAUAUUCCCAUUCAAGUCAACAUUAAACAUUCUGAUGUCUGGACCUCCAACCAUCUUUGUGGUACCAUUUUAACAUUUCAACUUUAUUCCCAUUUUAGUACAUUUGUCAGCCAAAACAUGAUACCCACAUUGUAUUCAAGAGCAUGUUGUCUCAACUGAUGGCGGGCACAACACAAAAAGCUCAGAUGUAAAAUAGGGUCUAAGCUACAACAUAUGAAAAUAUUCUAAGUGUACGUGUUUUUAGAUAAUUGACAUUAAAGGUUAAACAUGAUUUUUAUUAAAAAACCUUUGACAACCAUCGUUUGUAAGCUUUUAAAUGAUGAAGACAUGGAUGUGAGGUAUGCAUAAGGGGUCAACUUUGAGCACUUUUAUCUCUUGAAUGUUUUGGCAUUCAGGUCCAAAAAGUCACUUUCUGAGCACUUCUAUAAUGGGCAAAUGUGAAGUUUCCGUUCAAAUCAAAAAGGGUGGUGUCAAAAAGUGAUUUAAAUUCAAAUGGCUUUACCCAUAUACGUUUCCACAAAUUCUGAGUGGACCAAAUCUCAGUGGAAUCCUGGGUAAAUGUUAAAGUUCAACGUAAUUAUGCAAGUACAUGCAACUGUCCAAGAAAACAGAAUUGUGAAAAAUACAUUUGUAGAAUGUAAAGAUAUGUUACAUUUCCGGUUUUAGACUGUAAAGUACAAUUAAAUACAUGACAAUGAUGAAGAUUUUAAGUUAUUUUCAGCCUCAGGAGGAAUAGACAGGUGCCUAAUACCUCACCUCACGUUCGCUCACUCCAUAAAUAUCUCCAUGCUGUGACCUUGAGGUCAGAUUUUGAUAGUUAAGGUCACAUCUAAUUAUCAAUGCCGGUGCUGUAAAAUGCUGCACUCUAUGUCGAGACAGAAGGCGGUGGGCCAGUGUAGCAGCAAAGCCUUGUUCAAACAUGAUCAGGUGAUGAGUCACCACCGCUGAUAAUGACAGCCUUUGAAUGUCUCCGGCAUGCCCUUUCUCUGCCGGGGGAGGUCAUAUAGGUUUUGAUUGGGUCAUCGUUUUUCAGACAAUGGGUUUUUGUUUUAUGAAAGUCUUUGGAGAAAAGGGAAAGGACAUGUCUGUUGGUAGCUCACUUUAUCAUCUUUUGACAACACUGGCCUUAAGAGGCUGCAGACCUUUCCCCUGAAGCUUUAAUCAAGGUGUGUUGGUUGGUUUGGAUUAUUGGGCACCCACUGCAGUAUGUUAAACAUGCUCUUUGCAUGUUCUCACUAUUCCACUUAUGUUUCUAAGGCAGGGGUGUCAAACUAAUUUUGCCCGCGGGUCACAUUCAGUCUUCACUGAGGUCCGGAGGGACGCACUAAAAUUUGUGUUAUAUUUCCUCGCCGUCAAAAUUAGCAAAACAUUUUCCUCUAUCCAUAGAUUUGGGAAUGUUCUAUGCUCCCUGACUAUCCAGCUUUCGUUUCGGUGAUUGAUAGCAACCUGGAAAAGGGUGAAGAGACUGUAUAAAUCUAGAUCCAAUAUAGUUCCGAUUUGGUUUUAGUAAUUUCAAAUGUAGACUGAGGUAAUUUUAUUUAUUUAUUACUCAAACCACCCACGGUCCGCAUUGAAUGGGCUCGGGCCUGAAGUUUGACACGUGCUCUAAGGCAGGGUUUCCCUGUAGUCUAUUUGUGAAAAUAUAAAAAAUAACAUUAGUAAGGGAUCUUCGGCCAUGGCCUCAACAUAUUUUGGGGUCCUUGACAGUAAAAAGUUUGAGUUGGUUAAUUGAAUCGGCUGUGUAGUGCUAGGGCAAAACCCAAAACAUAUUUUCAUGUGCAGGCCUAUAGGCUAUAAUAUUACUAUAUUGAGUAGUACAUAAUACAAGGUUCAUACAGACAUUGGUAUGUCAAGUUCAAGGACUUUUUCAAGCACUUAAUUGUAAUAUUCAAAGACCUCAAUUAUAUAUAUUGUUAUAGGCAUAAUACAAAAAAGAAUCCUCCCAAAAAGUAUGCAUUACCACUUUAAGAAUAAUGCAUUUUAUAGACCUUUCCAAUGACAUGCAUUGGCAUUCAAAUUAUUAUUACAUUCUAAAAUAUGUCAGAAUAAUGUGGACAUUGCCUGAAAUAGAUUGGAUGUGUAGCAUUAAUCUCACCCUCGCCAUUUGAGAUGUUGGGUUAUUGUAUCAUGUUUUUAAAACAAGCAAGUGACCAAAAAUGAGAUUCCUAUUGUACUGGAACGCUAUGUAUGAAAAGUUGAACCCAACAUUCGAUGUUGUCGUCCUCAUAAUAACCCCACAUGGUUUUACAACAACAAGAACAACAGACUAGCGCAGCACCCAUCAAUUGAACAGCAGGAAACAAACGAACGCAGCUACAUCUCUCACAAAACCUGAUCAUGAAUUAAAUCACUGUAUAGAAAAAAUAUGAUUGUCAGUGGCGGAGGACAGGAGAGACAGAAAUAUAGAUCAUAUUACCCAACUCAUGUUCUGCAGGUAGGCUACAAUAAAACCAAUAUUUAAUUUAGUGAAAAAUAAUAGGGCCACAUUUUUCCAUGGACCCCCCAGUUUCAAAAUCCCUGCUCUAAGGCAUUAGUCUGAAUGCAGAGAAUCUCAUCCAUCUGUGGCUUGGAGUACACAUGGAUUCCCAUUUACCUCUUACCCAUGAGAUAUAUUUGAGAAAUCAUAUAAUACUUGUCUUAAUGGAUAUUCUGUGACGACUAGACAAGUGGAUGAUGAUACAUUCUCCAAUGCAUCAUUGCUAGCUGGGUCCAGUAAAUGUAAAAGCUUGGUCUAUUUUUUCCAGUUCUAUGUUAUCAAUUUAAGGUAUUUUCAGGGUCGCUGGCUGCUAAGUACUGAGUCUCUAGGGAAUUUGCUGGCUCCAAGCCUGUUGAUAAAAUCCUUUGGAUUCAUCAACCUUUGGAUUCGACCACUUCAAUGGUUUGAGUGGUACAAGCUUAUAAUGUCUAUCCCGAGAACAUUGAUCUCCACAAUUGUUUUACCACUUCAUGCAGUGUUUCGGUCGUCGUUUCACUGUACUGUGGAUAUACAUCAAUAAUCCCAGAAGAUUACGAUCCUCCCCGUCUUUACAUUAAUCAUCCUCUAAAAAGGCAAGCCAUCCAGGUCUAGUGGACCAAGAUCUCUCGCUUUCUCGAUCUGAAGUGGGCGACCAGGUGGCUGAAAAUGGUUCACAUCUCCUGGGGGUGAAAGAGAGAGGGGUUUGUAGGACAGCGAUAUCCUACUUUCAAUGCCCUAGUUAGGAGAAAAAUGAAAAAUCACCAGAGGGAGCUGGCAGCUAUCCCCCCCCCCAUGCUCUCCAUACACAGUUAAAAAUAAUCCAGCCUCUCAAGGCUCUCCAAGUGGCAGAGACCUUUUCUCCUUUUAGUGUUGCUCCUAUUUUACAGGCUGAGCUGACACUGCAGUGAGGUUUCAAUUCCCAGUUACCUGAUAAUGGUGGUGUCUCGGUCCUUGGCUUGCGCAAUGAAGGCAGCAGCCUUGGCCAUGCUAAAGGGGUAUGAUGUAUGCUGUGUGUAUGAUUUGAGACCACAAUAUCUGAUACACACAGGAGGCAUUAUGCCUUUGACUUUAUCAUCCAAUGAGAGAUAUUUACUUUAUGUUAACCACUCUAUACUAUAGCUUUAUUGUUUGCCAGUUUUUGCAUUUUGGGUUUUGUACUGUUGUAUAUGUUUAGUGUGUAUGACUUAUUGUUUGGUUAGCAAGAAAUGCUACUGUUUUGCAUGUCUAUGAACAGUAUUCUCAGGGGGCACUGCUGUUACUUAAUUGGGUUGAAGAGGGAUAAGGGGGUUGGGGGGUGUAUCCUGCGGAAAUGAUCCAGGUUGCAAGAUGGCAGGGUUCCUCACUUUUCCUUGAUAACCAAGGACAUUUCUAUCCAGAGAGGGGGGAAAGGAUUUUGGAUUUUCCUUUACCUCCAGUGUGGUAAAACAAAGCCAAAGCAUGGGUUGCUCUCAGUAACCUGGAAAUAUCAGGAUGUAGGAUAGGACAAACCGAACAACUUCAAUGACUAAUUUCUCUAAACAGGGAGGAAAAAACAUCACCAAAUUCACUGAGAAUACAUUAUAUAGGAUGAAGAAACAACACACCGAGCCGCAGCUCCAUACUACUUGUCAGACACAGAGAACUGAUACUAUAAACUCGUUGUUGGAAGGGAUUGGUGUGGGGUGUUGGGAGGUCAGUGGGUGGCUUUUGACCAUUCCUUUGGAUUCCUCAUGUCUAACUCAUUGUUAGAAAAAAGUUUGGUCCUAAUCGGAUAUUAGGUACUAUAUUUAUUGAAUAUUAUAUGUAUCCUAUACAUUAAAAUGGCCAAUUUGGGUGCAAUCAUUUAGCUUAAUUUCUCAGAGAUCAAAUUACAUUUCAACCAAAUAAUGUUGCAGGAAUGCUAAUCUUAUCUGUUUCCAACAACUGAAACCAUUUCAGAACAAUCUGAGAUGGUAUCUGUUUCCAACAACAGAAACCAUUUCAGAACAAUCUGAGAUGGUAUCUGUUUCCAACAACAGAAACCAUUUCAGAACAAUCUGAGAUGAUAUCUGUUUCCAACAACAGAAACCAUUUCAGAACAAUCUGAGAUGGUGGGUGUCAAAAUCCUCUUUCUUGUGCUUUUUGAGGUGGAACGACCCUAAUAAAGAGAAAGAUUCUGAAGGAUUUGAAUGACCACAACUGGGAAUACACUGUAUAAUGGCAGGUGCAAGCUGUAAAGACAAGGGAUAAUUCCUUUCUGGUCUCAAGUAUAGUACCAUUCAUGAGUGCUUAGCAAGUAGAUGUUAAAUCUAUAAAGUGUCAACAAGAAAGUUAGACCCAGGGGCCCUGUCACAAUAACGUUCACACUCCCUCUAGAGAUCUGACAGGAGCUGCAGUCUUAAGUCUAUGCUAAUUUCCCCUGGUCUUGACUGAAACCUAUUGUAUUUUGGCAGGUGGCUGAUCUGGAGGCACAUGGCGGACACGGCCCUAGUGACAUGCUGAAAGAUGAGCUGACUCGUUCUCUGGAGGAACUGGAGGCCCUGCUCAAGGCUAAAGAUGAGGUCAGGGGGCAAGAUACACACAGGGGAAAGAGGAGGUAUUGUAGGUACAUAUGUAUGCCCUCCGCAACAAUUGUAGGGCUGUUCUUCUCAUGCUUAUGGAUGAGGGUAGGGGGGGGCAUUUCUAGUUCAGAACAAGGCUGAAAGUAGCUGGGGUUAAAUGUUUAAAGGGGAUUUUAUGCAAUUAUAGAUGGAGAACAUAGUCUUAUCACAAAGAUGCCAAUUGAGAUCAAAUGUUGUGGUCUUUAAAUGGAAGGAAGAAAGGCCGAUGUGAACCUGUACCUUCCUUUGUUUUGUGUUGCUGAUGGCAAAGGUCCUGGGGCUAACUAGUGAAUGAUCAUGUUUGUUUUCCAGGAAAUCCACAUUCUGCAGAACAAGAAAGAAGAAUACCAUGAGAUGGAGCAGGAGAGAGAAGAGGCCAUACAUAGAUUACAGGUAGACCUUCACACUAAAGAAGAAGGCGCGUUUGGUGAAACCUUGUAUGAGCAAGAACAAGAGACUGAAAAACAACUUCUGUCUCAAGGCCAUCAGACUGUUAAAUAGCCAUCACUAGCCGGCUACCACCCGGUUACUCAAUCCUGCACCUUAGAGGCUGCUGCCCUAUGUACAUAGACAUGGAAUCACUGGUUUAAUAAUGGAGCACUAUUCACUUUAAUCAUGUUUACAUACAGCUUUAUUCAUUUCAUAUGUAUAUACUGUAUUCUAUUCUAAUGUAUUUUAGUCAAUGCCACUCCGACAUUGCUGGUCCUAAUAUUUAUAUAUUUCUUAAUUCCAUUCUUUUACUUUUAGAUUUGUGUGAAUUGUUUGAUACUACUGCACUGUUGGAGCUAGGAACACAAGCAUUUCGCUACACCCGCAAUAACAUCUGCUAAACAUGUGCAUGUGACCAAUACAAUUUGAUUUGAACAACAAGCAAGUAGGAUGCACAAAGGGCAAAUUACGACAGGUGAAAUUGUCUUUCCUUUUCCCUAUGUGGUUUCCCAGGAGAUGGAGAUGCGUAACCUAGAGCUGGAGCGGCGGGUGCAGAACGUGGAGCAGAACCUGGCCGCCUCCAUGGAGGAGCGGGACCACACGGAGAGUGAAGUGCAGAGGGCCAUCGAGAUCCUGGACGUCAAGAUCUUUGACCUGAACGACCUUCGGCAGAGCCUGGUCAAGCUCAUUGACAAAUAG